AUGAGUUCGGUGCACAGCGCUAAGCUCCCCGAUGGGCGCGAGGUUGCCAUCAAGCGCGCCGAGUGUGGCGCCGGCGGCACCGGGCGCCGGCGGCAGCGGUUCGACGCGGAGCGCGCGUUCCGAGCAGAGCUCCAGGUGAUGUCGCGCGUGAACCACUGGAACCUGGUGCAGCUGCUAGGCUUCUGCGAGCGCAUCCUGGUAUUCGAGUUCAUGCCCCACGGCGCGCUCCACGACCACCUCCACGGUGGCUUCACCGAUGGCUCACUGCUGUUCACAUCGUGGGAGGCGCGGCUCCAGGUGGUGCUGGACGUGGCGCAUGGCGUGGAGUACCUGCAUUUCUACACCGUGCCGCCCAUCAUCCACCGCGAUGUGAAGCUGUCCAACAUCCUCCUUGACAAUGACUGGACAGUCAAGGUCUCCGACUUCGACCUCUCCCUCGCCAGCGGCGGCACGGCGGCUCACCUAUUUCUCCGCCACCGCCGGUACCGUCGGGUACAUCGACCCGGAGUACUACCAACUGCAGGAGCUCACCGAGCAGAGCGAUGUGUGGCCUGGUCCAUCCUUUGCAUGGUGGUGCUGGUAGCCACGAGGCAGGUUUGCGGCGGCGAGCUGCUGACGGCCAUGGCGAGCAGCUCCUCUACUGCACUUCGCAGUGCGGCGGCGGUCGCGGUGGCACCCGCUCCUGCGGUGUCUCGGCCUAGUUGA